UCUUUCAGCAGGGGAACGGAAACUGAAAGUUCAUCUUGUUUCGCUGUGGCAGGGGUCAUGGCUGCUAAUCUGGUCAAAAACCUCCAGGAAGAAGUGACCUGUUCUCUUUGCCUGGACUACUUUCAAGAUCCAGUGAUCAUUAUAAAAUGUUCCCACAGCUUUUGCCGAGACUGUAUUGGCAAGCACUACAAGGAGGUGGGGACAGAUGUCAAGUGCCCACACUGCAUGCAGAUCUUUCAGCGGAAAGACUUGAUGGCAAUCAGACAGCUGGCCAAUAUGGUGGAAAUAAUCCGGAAGAUGGGAAGGGAGACAGAGGAAAUAAGUGAGAUCUCCAGGCAUAUUGAAAUGGUCAAAGAUGCCAUCCGCAGCCGGGAGAAAGACAUGGAUGAAAUAAAUGAAAAUCUCUCUCAGAUCAAAGGCGUGAUUACUGAAGACUUUGGUGCCAUGAAAGAGCGUCUUGCCCAGGAAGAGGGAGAGAUACUGAGGAUCAUCGCACAAGAGCAGCAAACAGCCCAGCAAAAAACAGAAGAAAUAAUUGGCCAGCUCACCAGCAAACUGAACAAGCUCGCAGAAAUCAAAACCCAGAUGGAAAGAGGGGCACACAACAGCCUGCUGAAGCAGCUGAAUGUUGAAGGAGAAGUAUGCGCAGGCCCUCGUGUAACACUCAAUGAUGAUAAGAUUGUUGCUGUCACAAGUGCUGUAGAACAGUUCAGGAAACAAUUGGAAUCAAUAUUGGAGAGAGAUCCGAGGCAACUACCAUCAGAGUUUGAUUCAGCAAAGUACCAAGCAGCUCCCAAAGUACAACCUGGAGAUUUACUUGCUGAGAUCAGUGUUGCCUCUUCAUGUCCGGAGCCUGCAGACAGUAGUCCAGACCCAGUUAUUUCAAGUCAGUUUGCUCCGUGGGCAGAAAAUGUGACCUUUGAUCUUGAAAGAAUUCAUCACCAGCUAGAGGUCAAGGCUGAAAACAGGAAAGUGAUUGUAUCUCUCUAUCCCCCACGUUACAAAGACUCUCCCAAUAGGUUCCGCAUCAGCCAGGUCAUGUGUUCCCAAAGUUUCUCUUCUGGAUUCCAUUACUGGGAAGUAAUUACCAAGGACAGCGCUGGAUGGGCCGUCGGAAUCGCUGACAGAAAGAUUGGUAGUGGGGAGAGACUGGGAAGAACUGAACUUUCCUGGUGUGUGGAAUGGACUAAUGGACAAUUGUCAGCAUGGCAUAGGAACCAGAAAACCCCAUUAAAGGAAGGGAGACCCAUGAGGGUUGGUGUUUUUCUCAAUCUACCAGACAAGAACCUGUCAUUUUAUUCCCUUGCCAAAGAAGAAACACACUUACAUACAUUUGAAAUCAAUAUCUUGGAGCCUGUGUACCCUGCCUUCUGGAUGUAUGGCUUGGAUGAAAACGGGUCUUUAAGUAUAAAUCAUAUAAAGAAAGAGUAGGCUACAAUACCCAUGAAAAGGGAAGAAUUGGGCUGUAAUGUAUAGAGUUGCUUUAAUGCUGGACAUUAACAAGGGAUGUUUUCUUCUGCUUGUCUCUGUGUUUGCCUUCCUUGUUCCAGACUGGACCUGACCUGCUCUGGUUUUGCUAAAGUGACCCUGUCAAACAAUUAGGACAAGAAGCAGCCCAUGCUGACCAUUUCUCUUCCUCCAUCUGCAUGUAGCCAGAGACUUAUUUCACAAAGGGCAGAAAUAGGCUUAACCUCAACCCACAGACUGUAUCUCACUAUGCCAAAGAACAGAGUGUCAAUACAGGUAUGGCACCACCUCAUCCUUUCAAGAGGAUUUCUUCCAGAAGGAUGCAUUUGAACAGGAAAAGCUCAGCAGGAGACGAAACCCUUAAUCUCAGCAGGGCAAACUGGUAUUGGGAGUAAUGUGCUAUCACACAUUCCCUUCCUACAUGCAAAAAAGCUUGAGAAAGGUAGUUUAAUCAUGGUCUGAAAUCAGGUACGAGACAGGCAUGUUCGAGACUGACUGAUGGACAGAUAAGGUUCUUUGGGUAAAUCUGAUAUCUUUUAUUAGACCAACUCAAAUAGCUGGAAAAAUUUUUCUUUGCAAGCUUUUGGGUGUAAAUACCCUUCAUCAGGCUGAGGAAGCAU